UCUUUUCAUUGCAGGCAUGGGAAGGCUUAUCUAUUCAGCAAGGUGGUCAACAUCAUGGCUGGACAGAAGGAGGAUCGAAUGAUGAUGACAGGAAUGCACACCGUUUCUGACAUUUUCUGCGUUGGUUGUGGAUCCAAUGUGGGGUGGAAAUAUGUGGCCGCAUAUGAGAAGGGCCAAAAGUACAAGGAAGGAAAAUUUAUUCUCGAAAGGUUUAAGGUGUCUGGUCCUGAUGGAAGCCAUUAUUGGGCCAACCAUGAAUCUCAUGUUGGUGGAAGUGAUGCAGAGGACGUGUGAUUUAUGCGUCGCGAAUCGGUCGAGUGCAAUUGUAUAUUCUUUCCUUUAUGUGUGACCAUUCAAUUUGGAUUCUGGAAUUUGGGGAUUUGUUUCUUAUGUAUAAGCCUGAAAGCUUAAGAAUGCCAAACUCGUCUGUUUUAUAAUUCGCUCUUUCCCAGCUGGUUACAAGCUUUCUUGCACUGCCUCAAUCAAUUGUUUCUAUUUUCUACAUU